UCUGAUGGGAUUUUGAUAGCUAUGUCAACUCCAAACACUUUGGGAUAUUGGGCAUACAUGUUAUCCUCGUUAGCCUUCACAAUCUAUCGAUUUGGUAUCUUUAUGUCAAGCAGUUUUGGUGAAAGAAAGAGAUGCAUCAAGAUGCUGUUGAUCUUAUCAUGGUUACUACCGAGUCUUAUCACUUUUGGCUCAACUGCACUGGGAUGUCUGAAACGUUACAAUCGCUACUCGCUGGCAUAUACAUUCGACUGUUCCAAUUGUACUACUCUUUGGGGAUUGUUUUCCUUUGUCGACUUGAACCAAUAUGCUGGACAAUUGAUACCGGUCAUUAUGAUAACUGCUUAUGCGAUCAUUCUUUUCAGCGUUUACCGCAAUCGUAGGUCUCAUGGUAGUUUCAAUCGGCAGCAAUCACUCGCUGAUGCCAAGUUGGCAUUUCAAUUCAUAAUCAUCUGCGGCUUCCAGUAUCUCAAUACGCUACUGUUUUUCAUCAUGGCCGGUCAUAGCAGCGACUGGAGCAUACUUCUCAGGAAUACUAUAGGUGAGUGGAUAAACUAUAAUCAUGUUUAUUCCGUACAUUCCACAGGAGCUACGUAA